GUGCAUGCUAAAAUGGCAUGAAGAAUUUCGAUUAGAAUGGAAAAAAUUGGCUACUCAUAUAAUAAAUCCAAACCCUAACCGUAUUACUAACUUAUCACGCUGGAUAUACUCAUGUACUGGGUUUCUUUUAAACCGUUUUCAUAUAUGCAAACAUUUAAUUCAAUUAUACGGCCCUGUAGAACCAGGCUUUUUUAAAAAGGUAAUCCGUCAAGAAUUCUAUCCUUUAUUGAAAAUCAAGGAAGAGAAUGCCUUUGCUGAUUUGCCAGAAAAUCUUCAUUUCGCAUUUGAAAAUUUAAAUUAUAAUUAUUAUACCAAUGAAGCAACUGUCCAUAAUGAUGACCCACAAGUUGACAUUGAUAAUCAAGAAAAAUCUGUAGACAUUGUUACCCGUGAAGCAACUGCCUAUAAUAAUGACCCCCAAGUUGACGUUGAUGUGGUUUCAA